UAAGAAGAGCAAGAACUUGCUGUGGUUGAAUCUUUACAUGAAUGACAUUGGUGAUGAGGGUGCUGAAAGAUUUGCUGAUGCUUUGAAAGAAAACAGGACGAUAACAACCAUAGAUCUGGGUGGAAAUAAUAUACGUGCUAAGGGGGUUUCUGAAAUAGCUCAAGCUUUGAAAGAUAAUCCUGUCAUUACAACUUUGGAACUUGGCUAUAAUCCCAUUGGGCCAGAUGGAGCAAAAGCUUUGUGUGAAGUUCUAAAGUUCCAUGGAAAUGUAAAAACCCUUAAGCUUGGUUGGUGUCAGAUAGGAGCCAAGGGGGCAGAGUUCAUUGCAGAUAUGUUGAGAUACAAUAGUACCCUUUCAAUUCUAGAUUUGAGGGCAAAUGGGCUCAGAGAUGAAGGUGCAAGAUGUCUGGCUCGCAGCUUGAAAGUGGUUAAUGAAUCUUUAACAUCACUCGACCUGGGAUUCAAUGAAAUUAGGGACGAUGGUGCUUUUGCCAUUGCCCAAGCAUUGAAGGCAAAUGAAGAUGUCACAGUCACUUCUCUUAACCUUGCCAGUAACUUUCUUACAAAAUUUGGUCAGACCGCACUGACAGAUGCAAGAGACCAUGUGUAUGAGAUGACUGAAAAGGAAGUAAAUAUCUUCUUCUAGGAGACUUAUUUAACAGGUGACAAUUGUUUUUUUGGUGAUAAAUUAGCAGAGGGCAUUUUUUGGUUUAUUCUUCCUCCAACGGUUGUUGAUAAGAAGUCAAACUUUAAGUUAAACUUUUGAGCAAAACACAGCUGUUGAGGAGCGUGUGGAAAUUUUGACAUUAAGAGAUUGUAGUUAGCUUCAUCAGCGAGAUAUUCUGCUCACUAAAUUUAUAGUCCCGAAGGUGUCUUUGCAAGCUUUCUCAGUUUAGUCGAUCUAUUAUUGUUGAAGAAUUUUGUAAAUCUAUGGAUUACGGUAAUAAAAGGUAUUUGAUACU